AAACAAAACCGUGUUCAGAUAUUUUACUUAAUCUCAUGUUGUAGCUGACCACUUCACCCUCUUCCUCCAUAAUCACAGUUUUUUCUAACCAAGCAAUUCUCUCUCUCUUUUUUUUUUUCAUGGAAAUUCUUCAUCAGCACCAUAAAUUUCAUGCAUCUGUUUGCGUAGUCCUGUUUCUUCUUCUUCUGCUUCUGCAGUUCCAAUCAUUGGCCUUCACAGUCCCAGAUAAGUUCUUCAUCAAUUGUGGCUCGGAUACCGAUGUUACAGACAACAAUACUGGUCGAAUUUUCAUUGGAGAAAGAGAAACAGAAAUGGAAGCAUCUUCUUCUGUUGGUUUCAUCUUCCCAAAACAUGGUAGCACCAGCGAGAAAGAGAGAAACCAUUCACCAACACCUCCUCUGUAUCAAACAGCAAGGCUUUUCCAUGCUGAAUCUGAAUACAAGUUCAGAAUUGAAAAGCAUGGGUAUCAUCUUCUGCGCCUCCAUUUCUUUGCUUUCUCUUCUUCGGAAGGUAACCUCUCCUCUUCUCUCUUCAAUGUCUCUGUUCCCGGCUUCUUCCUUUUGAACAAUUUCAAUCCUCAAUACAACAAAACCUUAAUAGAGGAGUUCUUUUUGAGCAUCAACACCAACAACUUCCGAAUCACUUUCUCUCCUAUUCAUCCAAAUCCUGCAUUUCUAAAUGCAAUAGAACUCUUCCUUCUCCCCAAUACUUUCAUCCCAAAAGGAAGAUUUUAUGACCACAACAGCAUGGUGUUCCAUACGAGUUACAGGCUCAACGUUGGAGGCUCUGAUGUCAACACGGUGAAUGACUCGUUGUGGAGAAACUGGCAAAUUGAUGAUCAUCCUUCUGCUGGACACAAAUUUCAAAAUACUAGUCCAAUUCACGAAGGAAACUAUGCUACUCUUGCCCCUAAUCUUGUUUACCAGAGCGCAAGAGUGAUGAAUAGUUCAAAGAAUCACUCAAAACUUUCCAAUAUAACAUGGCAACUUGAUGUUAAGAAAAAUGCUAAGUAUCUUGUUCAGCUUGAUUUCUGUCAUAUUAUUGGAACUCCGGUUCUGAAAAAUUCACACUUCAAUCUUUACUUCGAUAAUAACUUGAGUCACCGGAUCACUCCUUAUGAUCACUUCAACCAAACUUGUGUUCCUUUUCGUUUGGAAUCUGUGGUUGAUUCGGAUGACUCUGGAGUUUUCAAAAUCAGCAUAGGACCUGCCCAGAAUUCUCCACAUAAAUAUGCUUAUCUGAAUGGCCUGGAACUAAUGGAAAUCGUUGAGAAAACAAGUCCAGGUCCUAUGCCAGAAGUAAAACAGAAUCGUCCUUCGCAUUCUCAUUCCCAUUGGUAUUGGCGUUUGCUUGUGCAUUUGAAACUGUUGGCGAUUCUCGGAGCUGUGGCUUUGGUUUCAUUUAUAGCAGUUGUGUUCUUUGUGUGUCUGAAACCCAAGAAACCGAAGCAUGACCAAAGUGUUGAUUGGUUGCCAAUGGAGAAAAAGAGAGGAGGAGGAAGCUCACACUCUCAUAGCAGAUAUGGUAGCAGCCAUGGCUCAUCAUCAUCAUCAUCUUCACGUUCACAUGUCCCAAACUUAAACAAGAUCCCUUUCGAUGAACUCCAAGUUGCUACCAACAACUUCGACCAGAAUUGGGUAAUUGGAAAGGGUUGUUUUGGAAUUGUAUACAAAGGACUUCUCAACAAUGGACUGAGGGUGGCAGUGAAAAGAAGCGAACCAGGGUUGCUACAACAACAAGACCUCUUGGAUUUGGAAGCGGAGAUCAAUAUUCUGUUGAGAAUUCGCCAUCGCCACCUUGUUUCCUUGAUCGGAUAUUGCGACGAGAAGUCAGAGAUGAUCCUUGUUUAUGAGUACAUGGAGAAAGGGACACUGAGGGAUCAUUUAUACAGUUCCAAGUUGUGUUGGAUUCAGAGGCUUGAGAUUUGCAUUGGAGCCGCGAGAGGACUGAAUUAUCUUCACAAAGGUUCUUCCUGCAGAGGAAUCAGCAAUGUUCAUAGCCAUGUGAAAUGUAGUAACAUAUUGUUAGAUGAGAAUAAUGUGGCUAAGUUUUCUGAUUUUGGGCUUUCAAGAAAAGUAGGCCCUUUUGAUGAGAACAUGAAAUGUGAUGUGUAUUCCUUUGGAGUAGUACUUGUUGAGGUGGUGUGUGGAAGGGUGGCUAUGGAUGCAAACUACUUGGCUGCUGAAUGGGGAAGUAUUUGCAAGAAGAAAGGGAGAUUGGAAGAAAUAGUUGAUCCUUGCAUAAAGUGUGAAAUAGAUGGAGAGUCUCUCAGAAAGUUUGGUGAGACUGUGGAAAAGUGUUUGAGAAAGAAGCCUUUUGAUAGGCCUUGUAUGGGUGAUGUCUUGUGGGACUUGGAGUAUGCAUUGCAGCUUCAGAGAGGGGCAAUUCAGUCAAAUCCACAUAGUAAUACUAUUGCUUCUUCUAAGACUCAAGAAUUGGCCAUUCUCAAGCAUGAUCAAUUGAAUACACCAGUCAACUAUUAUUCUGGUUUGUAAUCACUAAUAAUAUUUUUUAAUCUUUUAUUAUUUUCCAUAUCAUUUUGUAUUAUUAUUGAGGAAUAAAGCAUCGAAUUAGAAGAGAUGAACAAUUUACAAUGUAUAUUGUUUUGAAAUGGGACAAAAUUCUUUGUAUUGUUCUUAAAUACAGAGUGAUACAUGUGAACUUUGUAAUGAACAUAUUCAAUAAUUGAAGCUAUAGAUUAUACGCAUAGUCACUUAUAUUAUUAA